AUGGAAGAGUACAUUAGGUCAAAAUACGAGCGGAAGAUGUUUCAAGAGGAUCUGCCUCUUAGAACCUCUGCAUGUUUCCCAUCAGAGUCUGAGGAUUUAAUUAAUGGAUCUUUGCUGACUUCACUCUUAGAGAUGGGGUUUGGUGACAAAAAUAGGUGUGCAGAUGCUCUCUUGACAUCUAAUGGAGAUAUUUCAGUGGCGAUAGAAAUUCUUUCAACUUCAACAGGCAUUCCUGUCAACGGCGAUCCCAAAGAGGCAUCAAAACGAGGGACACCUAAUGCAACGGCUAUGCCUGCAAAAUCUACAUAUACACCACCGGGUGAACUUUUGGCUGGAUCUCCGCUCUUGAAGUCACCGCCUCCGGAACGCACUUCAAGUGGUUCUAUGGAAAAUGAAAAAUUGGAAGAGUUCAUAAGAACUCUAGAGGGCAUGGGAUUCAAAAACCGAAAUGUCAGAAAUCCAAAUAAUCUGGCUGAUUCUUAUCUUGGCUCAGUUCUUAUUUAUAAUUCUUUUAACUUGGAAGCCACCAUCAACGAAUUGGUUGAAGGGGAGAUGCAAAAGACCCAAGCACCAGCGCCCAAAGAGCCUCAACCAGCAAAACCCAACACUGAGUCUGGUUUGAUAGUACCUAUCAGGAGGAGCAACGUUCCGGUAUCUCAAAGCGCAUCUUCACAAGGAUCUCUUCAAUGGAGAUCGAAUUUUGGCGAAGGGGAAAACAUUCUUGGGAGAAGCUCAAAAAGCGGCUUGGAAUAUCCUAGAAUUGAAGAAUUUAGCGACUUUAUCUCUUCUUCUGCCAAGAAAUCGGGCGAGCUUGGUCUCUCCCCCACGGAAAACGUUGAUAUUUUUUCCGCCCACGGAAUGGGCAAAAGUAAAGAUUUGGGUUCUUUCUCCGUUGAAAAGGAAACCCCCUAUAAAAUGACGAAGGACUCCAAACCAAUCCCAAUAAGGGCGUCAGAACUACAUAGGGAUAAGUCACCCAACCUUUUGAAGCUACCACAAUGGGAGUGCAGCUCUGUCUGUGAAAUUCAAAAGACAUCGAAUCUUUGUGAGAGCAAUGUUAUUUGUAAUGUUGACGAGGGGUUACAUUCUACCGAGACCCUUAACGAAGAUCGCCUUAUUUUUCAGCACUUUGAACAUAGUGGUAGAAGUAAAUAUUCUAGCCCCAAUAUUGAUGCUAACGGUGGUAGAACUCAGGCCUCCGCUAACAAUAGUCAGGCUACUAUCAGCGAUAGCGCGAAGAGGGAUACAUGUGAAGAGGACCCAUUUGCUGAAUUAAUAAACCUGUAA